UACACCGAGGAUGAGCCAGACGAUAAGUGUUUCAAGUUGGCAUGGAGCAGUCGUCCUUAACUCCAGCAACGUUGACGCCAAUGUCUUCGACCCAAGAAGAAAAAGCUGCUUUGACCAUAAGACAAGUGGUGAAUGUAAAAAACUCCAGGCUCAGAGGCGGCGAAGAUCCCUUUUCGUCCCACAGCGAUGUGAAACAGAUUAUGGGAACGCUUUGUUGACGCAUGCAGAUUUUCCAAAAGCCAGGAUAAAGUCGCUUUGUGCGUUGAAUAGGGAGAGAAAGUUGCAAUAUGAUAAGCAAUUGGCGCAUAAAAUGAUGGAACAGGUGGCAAAUAUUGAGCUGUCGUUCAAAUCGUACGAUAUUAAGGAAUGUGAAACUGCGUCGAACAAGAUCACCAAUACAUUAAAUAAAAAACUGAGCAGCACGUUUGACCUGUCUGGCUGUAAAAUGAUCUGUUUGUGCUACAUCGCGAAGCGUGCAAAACCGUCUUUGUCCAUAGACAGUGGCUGUGCUUGGGAUGAAAUGAAGAGAACUGUGGAAAAGGACGCGUUCGUUGAUUAUGUUUACAAAAAUCAAAGAAUUGUUGCCGUUAUCUCGGUUUUGGACAUUUCUUGCCGAAGGUUUCCCUCGACGAAAGUGGGAUUGGAUAACCUCCAGACUCCAAGCACAUCAUUGCCUAAGGCAAGAAGCGCCGCCAUGUCAGAGCCUGCUGGUAGAAGCCAUGAAUUAAGCGACGGAAUGUUUGGCGUCGCACCGCCGAGGAAAGAUCAAUGGGUGGGUUGAGUCAAUUUUCUGCCAAUUAGUGAGGAGAAAUGAGGGUUUUCGUAAGAAUCGAUGUUGUAUCUAAUCAUAAUGAGCACAUGGAGCUUAUUUCACAGACAUCGUAUCUCUGUAUCAGUGCCUGGUCAUAGACUUAGAAGAACAACUUCUGUUCGGACAGUGAACUUUUUCAGAGCUCUACAUAUACUGGUCAUUGAAGGAAAAUGGAAACCACAAAAGAGUUUUGCAUCUUUAUGAAGCAUCAAGACAGAGAUCACAGUUACUUGAUGAAAAACGCAGCGACAUUAGGCGAUGUUGUUUAUUUUGUGUACAAGCGCGUACGUGCCUCGAUUAUCAUUUAGAGUCUUUUGCUCUCUACACCAUGAAAAGUUGUUUUGUUUGCAAGGGCCACUUUGGACUUAAUUAGUCAUUCCUCUGGGUAAAUAGAACAAUCCACACUCAAAUAGCCUCAUCAUUGAGUAGUUUAAUAACUUUAUCUCCAUUGACGUCAAUCAUAAAUUUAAGAUAGUUGCCGACUUUUCACUCGGGGCUGUUUAUAUAUCAUGAUGGGUGUUGCCACAUAUACUGUACAUAGAUUUACAUGAAAGCGCUUAGCAAGAAAGCGUUCUCUGUACGUAUUAAGUAAUCGAGACUAUGAGAAGGAGAAGAAUGAUGUCUUUGUCAGUGGAAUAAGCAUAGACAAAUAGUGAAGCUGAAUUUCUGUCCAGUCGUCACAAAAACAAGGAGUAAAUGGCGUAUAAGCGAAUCGGGAAAGCCGUUCAUUUGCAAGGGAUUGACGGUCUUCCAAUAUGGCAGAAAGUAUGUCUUUCUCUCGCUCUCCUAUAAUUCAAAAGCUUCCUAUGUAUAGGAAAUCACAUUAAAGCGACUGCAUUGCACGAGUUAAAGUUUUCCGAAAUGUACGAUCCGUAGGCGAGUGAAAUUUGAAAAACUUUCGAAAUAUCACGACUGAAUGAUUACUUCCUCGAUGCACACUUUUAACUUGGUUUGGAAAGUCUUUUGAGUUUUUUUUUUCCAAUAGGUCAUUAAAUAAAAUAAUCGUGUCAGAAAAACCAAGUUUAGAGUCUUUCGCAAUAUUUUUCAU